ACCGCGGACGGACGGACCCAAAGUCGCCCCUCGAUGAAAAAAAAUCGGGGAAAAUUGGCGAGAGACGCUGACCCCUUCUCGGUUUCUUCCUCACGAUAUGACGGAAUGAAAACAAUACACCCACCCACCUUCUCUUUCUAUCUCCUUCUAUCUCUUUCCGCAAACUUCUCACAUGCAUAUACUUCUCAUCUCUGAUAUCCAAAGCUUAAACCUUCAACUGCGUCGUUCUCCUUAAAACCGUUUCUUUCUGGUUUUACUCUCGUUGUUUGUCCCAUUUUUCUGCAAAUUAUAUAAAUAAUUCUGCGAACAAAGAGAUUAGAUUGUCAAAACCAUAGGCGCAUUGACUCUCUUUCGAAUUUCGUUAGUUUUGCCCUAAUUAGAGGUGGCGAUGUCGUGGUUAAGAUCCGCAGUGAACAAAGCCGUUGAGGUCGGGGGCAAGAACAACCUCACUCGCACUGUCAGGAGCUAUGCCGAUACCGUUGUACAACAUGCCGGACAAGCUGUUGCCGAAGGCGCUAAGAUUCUACAGGAUCGCAUUGGUGUGAAGAAUUUCAAGAGCCUUAGUCAGACUAUGAAGCGAUUGGAAGAAAUUGCUGUUUCUUGCAGGGGACCAGAAAGAGUCCAGCUGUUGAGAAGAUGGUUAGUUGCUUUGAAAGAAUGUGAGAAACAAUCUGGAAGCUCUCAUGAUGAUAAGGAAAAAGUUCAUGAACAACUUCAGGCUUCAGAUGAACCCAAAGAUUCUGCAAGAAGACCUUCGGUUAUGUAUUAUGAUUCUGAUUUGGGAGGUGAACCACUGAACUUCCGUGAUGUAUUCCUUCAUAGUCAAGCUCUUGAAGGCAUGACACUGUCUAUGAUUCUUGAAGCACCUAAUGAGGAGGAGGUUUCUCUACUUCUGGAGAUAUUUAGCCUUUGUUUCACUGGAGGAAAGGAGGUUCACAAUGCCGUAGUGAGCAGCAUACAGGAUUUGGCAAAAGCAUUUUCAGACUACCAAGAUGAAGUAUUGGUAAAACGCGAAGAAUUGCUCCAAUUUGCACAGGGUGCAAUUUCAGGGUUGAAAGUUAAUGCUGAUCUUGCAAGGAUAGAUGCUGAAGCCUCUAGUCUGCAGCAAAAAAUUGAUGGAAUGAGAGCUUCCCAGGUGUCCUCAACUGAAGGUCAUACAACGACAUCUGAGAAAACAGCUAUUGCAACUUUAGAGGCUCUGAAAGAAGCACUUGCUGAAGUUCGACUUUGUUCUAGAUUGGAAGCACUUUUGCUAAAGAAGAAGAAGUUGAGCAAUGGGGACUCACCUGAGAUCCAUGCUCAGAAGGUUGAUAAGUUGAAAAUAUUAGCAGAAUCUCUUGCUAACUCCACCUCAAAGGCUGAAAAGCGUAUUUCAGAUAACAGGCAUCAAAAGGAAGAUGCUCUUAACUUCCGUGUGGCAAAAGCCAGUGAAGUUGGUAUAAUUGAGAAGGAAUUAGGAGCUGAGAUUGCAGGGCUUGAGAAGCAAAGAGAUGAACUUGAAGCUGAAUUGAAGAAGGUUAAUGUCUCUUUGGCUGCUGCGCGUGUACGCCUUCACAACAGUAGGGAAGAGAGAGAUCAGUUUGAUGAAGCAAGCAUUCAAAUUGUUGCACACUUGCAAACAAAGGAAGAUGAGCUGUUGAGAUCCAUUGCUUCAUGUAGAGUAGAAGCAGAUGUUGUGAAUACAUGGAUCAAUUUCCUGGAGGAUACCUGGGUUCUCCAGUCGUCAUACACAGAGCAGAAAGAGAAGCAAGUCAAUGACGAGUUGGAGAGAUACGGAGACUAUUUUGUUACUUUGAUCACCCAUUACCUCUCUGCUUAUAAGGAAGAGUUGAGGUCUUCAAUCAGCAGUAUCAGAAAAGUCGGGGACAAUUUGAAGAAUUUGAUUGGAGGGUCUGAGAUGCUGUCUGGUGUAGAUGCUGCGAAUGCAAAAGCUAUAGACCCACGAAGGAAUCUCGAAGAGGAAUACCUGGAUUCUGAAGCAAAGAUAGUAACUACCUUCAGUGUGGUGGAUAACAUGAAAGAGCAGUUUUAUGCUCUACAUGGACAAAGUUCCAGGAAAGAUGAUCCAAGAGUCACCGAGCUGUUUGAUUCCAUUGAAAAACUAAGAGAAGAGUUUGAAUCCAUUGACCGACCAAACCUAGAGAUCGAAACUCCAUCCCCUAGGGAAGAAGCACCAUCUAGAGAGAGGAUAGAGAAGACUCCAUCUCCUUCCCAUGCACAGACCAUUGAUACAACUCCAUCUUCCCCCCUAGUGACUACUGAGACACCGCUAUUCAACAGUGAUGAGCCCCCAAAAUCAGAUGCAGCCAAAGCAGAGCAGCAUUUGGACACUGAAGCAGAAUUGGCAAAGCUAGAGUCAGAAUUUGGGAAGGUUAGCAGAGAUUACUCAACAGAUGAGAUUGGUGGUUGGGAAUUUGAUGAGCUUGAGAAAGAAUUAAUAUCUGGUGGCUCGGGAGCGACCAAAUAAGACCAGGUUUCUCUGCUGAAUGAGCAUUCAUGGUAUUCAAUGCAUCUUCUGUAUACUGCAUGUAGCUUUUAGCGAUGUAUGUAACAAUUAGUCAUCUGUCACAACCCCUGGAAAGCUACAUCAGGGCUCGGGGUUUUCUUUUGAAAUUUUCAACAAAUGAUCUUAAUCAAUAUAAUCAGGUGUAAAUUAUUGAACUUUGUGAUCAUGUAAUAUUUGUUAGUUCUUUGGAACAACUGUAAUAAUAAUUGUUUUCAUUGAGUUGAA